AUGAAAACCUUUAUCAUUCUUUCUCUUGUGGCUGCGGCUUUAGCCGCUCCUCAAUCUUCGACGGAACCUAUUCCGAUUCUUCGUCAAGACAGCAACAUUAACCCUGACGGCUCUUUUCAAUAUUCCUUUGAAAGCGGUAAUGGUAUUGCUGCUGAAGCUAAUGGAGCUCUUAAGAACAUCGGCGCAGAAGAACCAGCCUUGGAAAUUCAAGGGCAAUUUCAGUACCCCAGCAAUGAGGGUGGUCUGAUCCAGUUGACCUACGUUGCUAACGAGAAUGGAUACCAACCCCAAGGAGAUAUCCUCCCUACUCCGCCUCCGAUCCCAAUUGAAAUUCAGCGUGCUCUAGAAAUUCUCGCUACCGCGAAACCCCAACCUGAACAGUAAUGUUAAGGACUUGCCAAAUUUAUUAUAAUGAUAGGACUUAAUUUUGUAACAAAUAUGUAAAUAUUUAAAUUUUUAAAGACUCUCCAGUGAAAUAUUUUGGCAAUGCACAUAUC